AUGUCAGUGGCAGAGUAUGAACGAAAAUUUGAUCGCUUGUCCCACUUUGUCCCUCGACUAGUGGACACAGAAGAGAAGAAGAUGGAAAGGUUUAUUUGGGGAUUAAGAGAAGGCAUUCGAGGCAUUGUUACUGCUUUCCGAACAAAAAGAAAAGCUAACAUUAUUACUGAUGCUCUUAGCAGAAAGUCAGCUUAUACAACAACCCUAAGUACCAUCUCCAAACACAUAAUGGAUGACCUUGAAAGAGUUGAGAUCUCACUAAUACCAGAAACCUUCAUAUCUCGAAUAACACAGUUAAUUGCAAGACCUGCAUUAAGACAAAGGAUAAUUGAUGCACAACAAAUAGAUAAAUACCUAAACAAACAACUACAAUCAGAGAUUGGAGAAACCAGUCAAUUCUCUAUAGCCCCAGACUCUACACUUCUCUACCGUGGACGUCUAUGUGUACCAGAUGAUGAAAAAAUCAAGAAAGAACUACUGAAGAAAGCUCAUGAAUCAUGCUUUUCAAUACAUCCUGGGAGUACCAAAAUGUAUCAAGACUUGAAAGCACAUUACUGGUGGUGUAACAUGAAAAAGGAUAUAGCCGAUUAUAUCAAGACCCUCGUUUCGUCUCCAAGUUCUGGAAAAGUUUGUAGAAAGCAAUGCACUAGCUCAAAUGUACUUAAAAGAAGUCAUCCGGUUACAUGGAGUCCCAGUAUCAAUUGUUUUAGAUCAAGACCCUCGUUUCGUCUCCAAGUUCUGGAAAAGUUUGCAGAAAGCAAUGGCACACAACUAAAUUUCAGCACAGCCUUCCAUCCACAAACUGAUGGCCAAAUAGAACGAGUUAAUCAAAUCCUAGAAGAAAUGUUGAGGGCAUGUGCUUUGAAUUUUACUGGAGCAUGGGAUUCGCAGAUACAUCUUAUAGAAUUUGCUUAUAAGAAUAGUUAUCAGGCGACAAUUGGUAUGGAACACUUCGAAGCCUUAUACGGAAAGAAAUGCAGAUCCUCUAUACACUGGGAUGAAGUCGGGGAGCGAACACUACUAGGGCCUGAACUGGUGUAG